UCUCGCGGCUCAUGACCCAGCAUUCUCUAUCCAUGAAGCUUGCAAGGAAGGUAUUAGGGUUUUUUCAACGCUCAAAAUACGUGCAAGAUGAGUUCGUAGUUUAACGAAGAGCUUGCACACGCAAGUGUGCCGACAACCCCCUAAGUAAUCAUGGAAGCCAUAAUGGCGCUCAUUACGAGCUACGUCGCUAACCCGACACAAAUUUCUUUUUAUCAUUCUUUAAUACCUCUCGGUUGGAUUUGCUUGGAAAAUGUCAUCCAAUCAGGACCAGAAAAUGAAGUUGUGGAAGGACGAGCCGGUGUCUCCCAUUGGGGGAGACACAUCGUUGGAUAUUGAAGAUUGGCUAUUCGAUGAUAAGUCUAUAGAAUUUCCUAAAAAUGCUGUGGAGCCUGUUAUGUAUGAUGAUAAUCCAUCCCGUGCACAAGUAGCAAAGAAAUUUUUAGAAGAAUUGGACGAAUAUAUUAAAGAAGAACCCUUCGCGGCUUGGCUGGAGGAAAAAAUAGAUCUACCCAUAUUCGAACAGCUGCCAAAUCCCGAGAACAGCCAUAAAUCAUCGAUCGUCUACGAGACUAUCGUGAAGCAUCAGCAGCAGGAUAACACUCAGACCCUCUUGCAAGAGUUCGAAACAGUUUUGGGAGAUGUCGAGGCUUGCCAUCAUCAGAUCGUUCCGUCAACCAGCUCUACGCUUACUCCUCCGCAAUCACCCCCUCAUAAUAGAAUCAACGUAGACACGCAGCUGCUGGUCACCCUGCAACCCGUGCCUGCGCAACCUCUGUUUGCCGGCGCUCAUUCAAUAUACAACGUAGUUCCAGCGGAAGAGCCACUGUACGUGAAUGAUACAUCUCGUGAAUGGAACGCCGAGGAUAUAUCGUUGAGUCCGCUCGGCGGGGAUGUUGCGAAUGAGUUGGCGGUGGUGGAUGAGUACGUUCGCUCGCACACCAGGGAUAUUCCAUCACCUUCGAGUCCGUGCACUAGCUCCGGUGGCAGUUGCAUCUCGACCGAAGACUCCACUGACGAUCCCGACUGGAGCUUUGAACCCGAAAGGAAAAGAUUGAGCCAAUCGGUUCACGAAUCUUCGAAACAUCGCUCUAAACCCUAUUCCCGUCCGUCUGUCGAAGACAAGAAGGUGCGCAAGAAGGAGCAGAAUAAGAACGCUGCUACACGUUACAGGCAGAAGAAGAAGCAGGAGAUCAAAGAGAUACAAGGCGAGGAGCGCGAACUCGCGGAUCACAAUGAAAAGCUGAAGAAUCAGAUAAAUGAUCUGCAACGAGAAAUAGGGUAUUUGAAGGGAUUGAUGAGGGAUUUGUUCAAGGCUAAGGGUAUUCUUAAAUAAUCCAUUCGUCAAAAAUCUGUCAAAAUAUCGUCAUUGUAUACUUUACUUAAGGUCUGUUCUUUUGGCUGACCUGACUGCACUAGUUUAAAGUUUAUCUCUUUCCACUGUGGAGUAAAAAAAAUAACCUCUGAACUAGUGCAACCAGUUCAGCCGAAAAGAACAGCAGACCUUUAUUAUUGAAUAUAUGUUAGUUUUAAUUAGAUUUUUAUGUUUUUUUACUAACUCUAUUUUACAAUCGUACUAAUAUUUAACGGAGUAAUUACCGUUUUAUAUAUUAUUUUGCAAUUUUCUUACUUAACAUCUAUUUGUCAAUUAUACAUGUAUGUGCAAACAUGUGUAUUGUUCAAUUUAUAUAUAUAAUAUAACCACAGCUUUUUAGGAAGUAUAUAGAUUUAACGUUAGAAUAAAUUGUGUAUCUCGAUCUAGUAAAAGAAUGGUCCAACAUCGGCAAACGCGGUGCGUUAGAUAAUACGUGUAAAUUGUUGGAGUAUGCGGGUUUCUUGAAGCUCUAACGAGAGGGGAAACCUGUUGUCUCUACGUACAUUCCACGAGUUAUCUAGCAUACCUCUCUCUCUCUGAUGCGAAUCUUUCCAUUCCGAUUAAUUUUUAUUCUUUAUUGCAUAAUACUUUCGUAUGGCAAAUUAUGUAGUAAAUAAUAAAUGGGUUCUACAAAACAAGCGACAAUGUUAUUUCCAUAAUUUAGAUUUGUAUUUUAGGCUAAUAAUUUUUUUAGUGUUGAAAUAGAGCUGACAAGUUAUUUUGUUCAUACAAUCAUAUUGAUAACAUAUCUAAUAUAAAUGAACACUAUAUAUUAGAUUAUUUAUCAGACAUUAUAUUUUAUUUCUUUGUUAACUCUGAUAAAAAGAACAUCGGCGACAAAUAUGUAUCGGUUAAUCUUGUAUUUUCGAAGUGUAUAAUAUUGUGUAAAGCUUGUAUAUGACAUAACGUAUAACGCGUGAAAAUGGUAUAUGCUUUCUGUUAAAUUUAUAUUUUGACUUAUCGAUUAAUAAUGUAUUUAAACUAAACAAGUUAAAAUUCUGAAACAAUUUGAAAAUAAUGUCCUUAUUUUUAUUGUGACGACAAAUUUAAUUAAAGAUAAAACUUAAAAAAUUUAUGUGAGCUCUUUUUAGAGCUCAAAAAUAUACUAUACAAAAACUUUUUUGAAUAAAAUAAUUUAUAUUUGCAUUCGGCUAUUUAAUAAAACAGCUGUCUAAAUAUAUGUAAUAAAAUACAAGAGUUCUGACUCUAAGAAAAUAAAACAGCUGUCUAAAUAUAUGUAAUAAAAUACAAGAGUUCUGACUCUAAGAAAACCAA